GGAAUCAAUUCGAUAACGAUCCAUUUAACUUCGCGUUACUUUUGAUGGUGUCAUCGAAAGUGUAGCAUCACUAGCCCAGCCUAUUAUUUGUUUUUAUUGUUGAUUAUUUUCCUGGAGAUCUGAAAAAACAGCGGCACGAUGAAGAAAAAGGUGUUGCUGAUGGGGAAGAGCGGAUCGGGAAAGACCAGCAUGCGCUCCAUUAUCUUUGCUAACUAUAUCGCCCGUGAUACGACACGCCUUGGAGCAACAAUCGAUGUGGAGCACUCCCAUGUGCGGUUUCUGGGCAAUCUGGUACUCAAUCUCUGGGACUGUGGCGGUCAAGAGGGUUUCAUGAAGCAGUACUUUGCCCAGCAGCGGGACAACAUCUUUCGCAAUGUGGAGGUGCUGAUCUAUGUGUUUGAUGUGGAGAGCCAGGAGAUAGAGCGCGACAUCCAUUACUACCAGAGCUGCUUGGAGGCACUGCUCCAGAAUUCGCCUGAGGCCAAGAUCUUCUGCCUGGUGCACAAAAUGGACCUGGUGCCGGAGGGCCUUCGUGAGAGUGUGUUUACUGAACGCAUGGAGGAUCUCAUCAAGUUGUCUAAACCCAUGAAUGUCACCUGUUUCCGCACCAGCAUUUGGGAUGAAACACUAUACAAAGCCUGGUCUUCCAUUGUCACGAUGCUGAUACCGAAUGUUGCUGCUCUGGAGAACUCUGUGACACAUUUCGGAAAUGUCAUUGAGGCCGAUGAGGUGCUGUUGUUCGAAAAGGCCACCUUUCUGGUGAUCUCCCAUUGCCAGAGCAAGAAGAACCGCGACUCGCACCGCUUUGAAAAGGUGUCCAACAUCAUCAAGCAGUUCAAGUUAAGCUGUUCCAAGUUGGGCGCCAAGUUCCAAUCGAUGGAGGUGCGCAAUAGCGCAUUUGCCGCUUUCAUUGACACCUUCACCAGCAACACUUACGUGAUGGUAGUCAUGUCGGAUCCCACGCUGCCCUCGGAGGCUACGCUAGUCAACAUAAGGAAUGCUAGGAAGUACUUCGAGGAGCUGGAAAAUCCAAGCAACAGUGCCAUGAACCAUCAUGGCCACAAGUACCAUUGAUGAUUAAACGAGGAUCGUUGCUUUCCAUAACACAAUUAGCCGUUCUCCGUUCAAAAAGACAUGAAUACCGUCUGUUGUUGUGCAAACAUCGAAGCGCCCAAGGUGCCGCCCCUAAGUCUUACAGCUUCCCGUAACUAUAAAUACGUAUAUAUGUUUUUUAUCGCUCACUUUCUUAAUGACUGCCGUAAUAGUUAAUGGUGUAAUUGUAAAUAUGGCAGUGCGCAUCUCACAUAAUAGCUUUCUUAAGUUAUGGAGGUCGUAGUGAGUGAGCGAUGGAUUGCCAUCUCCUUCGUUGAUUUUUCGUAGAUUUGUAAGUUGAAACCUUUGUAGGCCUUAAGUUUAUAUACAAAAACAAUUACACACUUAUAAAUACACAAAACAAUCCUAAA